AUGGGUAGAAUAAUAAUUGUUUGUUGCUUAUUCAUCUGGCAUGGCUUGUUGCUAUCUGGUGUUAGUGCAGAAAAUACACUUGCACCUGGAGAAUCCUUAUCUCCAACUGAUGACGAUUACUUGGAGUCAUCAAAUAAACUCUUCAAGUUAAAAUUCUUGAAGCGACCCGGCUCUGGCUCUGCUAUUAGCUGGUUUUUGAGUAUUGAGUGGGCUAGUUAUGUAGUCACAUCCACUUCUGAAGAAACAACAAUUUGGGUUGCUUGGCUAGGUGAAAAUGAAACUUCGUCUUACAUUCCAGAAUUAAAAAUGGAAAGAGAUGGGCGGUUGUUGAUAUCUGAUGUUGAUCAUGAAUUCGUCGUAAACCAUGAUCAACAACUUCCAUUUGUCAUGAACACAACAGCAACUCUACUUGACACCGGCAACUUAGUGUUGCGGGGUGGGGGUCGUACGUUGUGGCAAAGUUUCGAUCACCCCACUGGUAAUACUUGGAUUACAGGGAUGAAAUUGGGGUGGUUUGGGCUUCAAAACACUCAUCCUCAACAGCAUUGUUUGACUUCUUGGACAAGUGAGGAGAACCCUUCUCCAGGUGGUUUUAGCUUGUGUGUUGAUCCAAACAAUACCCAGCUAGUUGCCAUGCGAAGAGGGGUUGUGUAUUGGCACAGUGGGGUCUGGAAUGGGUACAAUUUUCCAUUUCUUCAAGUCAAUUCCCAUUUUAGGUAUUUCUCUAUUCACAAUGAAAGCUAUUUUGCUUGGGAUGGGAAUAUUGAUAGGGUUGAAGCCUUUAUCAGAAUUUUUGCAACUGGGGCAAUUUCAGUAUAUGUUGAGGACCAUAGAAACUACACAAUAUCACUCGUUAACUGUGAUCGUAAUGAUACAUUUUAUUCAAACGAGGGGUGCCUAGGGUCACCCAAACGAUCCAAUUGUAGUUCGGGAGACAAGUUCAAUUCAACUACUGGUUUCAUCGAAUGGAAUUUAUGGGAACGAGUGUUGUUCAACACCACGUUAAACAUUGGUGAUUGCAAAGAAUUGUGCGUAAAAAAUUGUUCUUGCACCGCCUAUGCUACACUUGAAGUAUCUGAUGGAACAGGCUGCAAAUUUUCGUCUUCCACUAAAUACCAGUACGCGUCUCAUGGCAACACUCUUUACCUUCGUUAUGCAGGUAAGAUAGCUUUCUCCAUCAUAACUUUCAUUUAUUAUCAACCUAAUUAA